CACCGGGCGGAGCGCGGAGGAGGAGGAAGAGGUCAGUUCAUUAAAUAGCCCGGUCCCCUCCGGGCGCGCACGUACUAGUCGCUCUGCCCUAGCCAACCGCGUAGCCAUCCGGUGGCGCAGGUGUCUGGGGACCCGGAGCGCCUAAGCCUGGGAGCAUGAUCGUGGACAAGCUGCUGGACGACAGCCGCGGCGGAGAGGGGCUGCUGGACGCGGCCGGCGACUGCGGCCUCAUGACCAGCCCGCUCAACCUGGCUUACUUCUACGGCGCCUCGCCUCCUUCCGCCCCCGGCGCCGGCGACACCGGCUACCUGUCCGCCGUGCCCUCCGCGCCCGGCUCGCCCGGCUCCGACUCCUCCGAUUUCUCCUCCACUUCCUCCGUGUCCUCCUGCGGGGCCGUGGAGUCCCGUCCCAGAGGUGGCGCCCGCGCUGAGCGCCCUCAAGUUGAGCCCCACAUGGGGGUUGGCAGGCAGCAGAGAGGCCCCUUUCAAGGUGUUCGGGUGAAGAACUCAGUGAAGGAGCUCCUGCUACACAUCCGAAGUAACAAACAGAAGGCUUCCGGCCAACCCGUGGAUGAGUUUAAGACACAGAGUGUGAACAUUGAGCAGCUGACAGACCUGAAGAGUGCAGUGUCUGCAGUGGGGAAAAGAAAGGGACCCGAUUCUCUGUCCGAUGGACCGGUUUGCAAGAGGCCAUCUCUGUUGCCUUCUCACUUCGUGACAUCACCGCAAACACCUACACCUGGGGAGAGCAUGGAAGAUGUUCGCCACAGCGAAUCCAAGCUGGAUAGCAGUGCUGCCCUGCUUCAGAAUAUUAUAAACAUCAAGAAUGAGUGCAACCCAGUUUCACUAAACACUGUUCAGGUUAGCUGGAUGAGCCCCACGGUUCCCCAGAACUCCCCAAGAGACCAGUGCCAGGAUUUCCAUGGAGGCCAGGCCUUCUCUCCACCUCAGAAAUACCAACCGUUCCAAGUCAGUGGCUCACCACAGAUGAUGGACCAGGCGUCAAUGUACCAGUAUUCGCCACAAACACAGAACAUGCAGCAGCUGCAGCAGCAGCCGCCGCUGCCACCACAGCAGCAACAUCAACAUCAACAGAAUUAUCCCCACCACCCACCUCUGCAGUUCAGUCCUUAUUCCAGAAUGUCCCAGUCUCCCAAGUAUGAUUCCAACCUCUUUGAUGCUCAAGAGCCACAGUUCUGCACGGGCCAAAGUUUUGUGUCUUUACUGACUGGCCAAGGGGAACCUGAGUCUCUUGCUGUUCCCGUUCCGGCUCCCAUCAGCUUUCCACCCCAAACUGAGACUCAGCUGCAGACCUUCAGCCUGAUGCCAAGCAAUGCCUGUGAGGCCGUCGUUGGGGUGCAUGAUGCGGGCUCCCACUCUUUGGGCACGUCCCUGUCACUCCAGAACAUCAUGGGAAGCCAGAUGAACACCACCCAGCUAGGGAAGUCAUUUUUUCAGUGGCAGGUAGAGCAGGAAGAAAGCAAAUUGGCAAAUAUUCCCCAGGACCAGUUCCUCGCUAGGGAUGGAGAUGGUGACACGUUUCUCCAUAUUGCUGUUGCCCAAGGGAGGCGAGCGCUCUCCUAUGUCCUUGCAAGAAAGAUGAAUGCUCUUCACAUGCUGGACAUUAAGGAGCACAAUGGACAGAGUGCCUUUCAAGUGGCGGUAGCUGCCAAUCAGCACCUCAUUGUGCAAGAUCUGGUGAACCUUGGUGCCCAGGUGAACACCACGGAUUGCUGGGGAAGGACACCUCUGCAUGUCUGUGCGGAGAAGGGCCACUCCCAGGUGCUCCAGGCCAUCCAGAAGGGAGCUGUGAGGAGCAAUCAGUUUGUGGAUCUUGAGGCAACGAACUAUGAUGGCCUGACUCCCCUCCAUUGCGCGGUCGUGGCUCACAAUGCUGUGGUGCACGAACUGCAGAGGAAUCGGCAGUCUCAUUCACCCGAAGUGCAGGACCUCUUACUAAGGAAUAAGAGCCUGGUGGACACCAUUAAGUGUCUGAUUCAGAUGGGAGCCGCAGUGGAGGCAAAGGAUCGUAAGAGUGGCCGCACAGCCCUGCAUUUGGCGGCGGAAGAAGCAAAUCUGGAACUCAUUCGCCUCUUUUUGGAGUUGCCCAGUUGCCUGUCUUUCGUGAAUGCCAAGGCGUACAAUGGAAACACCGCCCUCCAUGUUGCUGCCAGCCUGCAGUAUCGGGUGACACAGUUGGACGCAGUCCGUCUGUUGAUGAGGAAGGGAGCCGACCCCAGUACUCGGAACUUGGAGAAUGAACAGCCCGUGCAUUUGGUCCCCGAUGGCCCCGUGGGAGAACAGGUGAGGGCCACUGGAGGGAGUGGAAGUUGCUUUAGGCCCUUGCAACUGAAAUAUAAAGAGGGAGGAAGUCGUUCAGGGCAAAGGCCAGCUGAUGCUCUGCCGGUAUACUUGUCAGUGUAGAAUAUUUGAAGUAGUUCAGGCACAAGUAAAUAAAUGCCUAGUGAAUAUCAGUUUUUAUAAGUCUGUCUCCUAACUGAUCCUCCAUAAGAGAUGGAAAAGAACCUACAAUAUUUAAAAAAUUAUCCUGUUCUUAUUAAGUGUGGUUAUAUUUCAUCAUUGGGGGUUGAAUAGUUACACGUGAGUAAGCUCUUCUCUGUAAGAACUUAAUCUUUUAAGAAAUUAUUUUUGGCAAACAUCUUUUUUUCCAGAGGGAAUCAUCGUGUUCGGCAGUAUUGGAUAGACAAUUAUAUACGCUAUUAAUCAUAAGUUAAUUUACACAGGUUGGCGUUUUCUUUGAUUCCAAGCUGUCAUCAGAACCAAAAUGGCCUAGUAACUUGCCCACGGAACUCUUAGGAAGUUUGUGGCAGUUUUCCCCGCAUAUCAUUUAAAAGUUGCAAAACCUUUUUAGGCAGGUUUAACUUCGAGAAUUAAACCUGUAUUUAGAGAGGACAGGAAGCGUGAUUAACUAGGAAAUGGCAGUCUCAAGCUCAGUAGUGGCUGCUUCCUCGUGGUAUGCUGUCACACACCCAGCCCUGAGGCUGGGGUAUGAGGCUUGUCCUCAUCCCUAAAGGUUCUUACAGUGCUGCCGUUCUUCCUUCUGUAUUGUGUGUGCUGUCACAGAGAGGGGCUUCUCUUUUCCUUCCUCGGUAGGCGGUGGCCGUUGGACAGGUUUCCUUUCAGAAAGCAGCUCUCAGCAGCAGCCACCAAAAUCUCUUCCUCUAAUUGCUUCUAAUCUCUCGUGGGCUGAAAGGCAGAUACCACAAUUUGUCUGAUUGGAAUACAAAAAGUCAGCCUCUAAAUGAGUGUGGGGGCUUUCCUGAGACCAGUAGAGCUACACACAGUUGCUUGGACAUUUGGAUAUCCUGGCCGCUGCUCUACCACGAGUUUGACUUGGCUGUGCUCCUAAGUUAGGGGUACUGUAGAGGGUUAAUGAGAGGAGUGAAAAUCUGGGAGACAGAUACCGCUUGGAGCAUUGGAAGUAAGUUCCACGAUUCAUUUCUCUUCCAGAUCCGACGUAUCCUGAAGGGGAAGUCCAUUCAGCAGCGAGCACCACCAUACUAGGUCCACUGGUGUGGAGCCUGGUUCAGCGACACUCACUGUCAGUUAGGCAGUCCUGAUGUAUCUGUACAUAGACCAUUUGCCCUGUAUUGGCAAAUGUAAGUUGUUUCUAUGAAACAAACCCAUUUAGUUCACUAUUAUAUAGUGGAUUAUAUUAAAAGAAAAGAAGACAGAUAUCUAAUUUUCUUGGCAGAUUUGCGUAUUUCAUACCCAGGUAUCUGGGAUCUAUAUAUCUGAAUUUGAUCUUGAAUGGUAAAAUUGCCUUCAAUAACCAGUAGCUUUCGGGUAGGAAAAAAAAGACUCAUGGGAAAAGACUUGAUUUGUGGCAUAAAGCAUUGCUCAUGUAGAGAUUGCCAGGUCCAGAUUAGGUGGGCUUGAAACAUGAGGUGAAAAAUGAAAGCAUUUGAAAGGGGACAGAAAUUUGGAUGUGAAGUUGACGUGCACUUUGCCGUCGUCGAUGCUUCUUUGGUCAGAUGCAGACCUGGCGGUUAAUAAUGCUCUCACUCUAGGUGAGGGAGGCCUCUCGAUAGGAUGUGAUCUUUGAAGCUGUAUAUAAUUCUUAGUUUUACCUUUUAAAAUCUUGUACAUAUUUGAUUUGAACCACGGACAUUUGAAAUGUGUAAAUCAAUCAAGUAGAAAAGAGCUAGUGAAUUGUUAACUACUUUCAAGAUUGUGUACCCACAAAGCAACUUUUACUGUGUAAUCGUCCAGCUAGAGUUUUUCACAGAUAAAGCAAAUGGGGAAGUGGGUCCCAACGUUGCUGUGGUUGCAAGUGGGUUUCUCUUGCAUUGGAAACAGACAUGUUUGUAGGCAUUUGCAUAUUCUUGAAGAGACUGUUUUAUGAAUCACCUCUUAGAUUUAUGUGAUUUACCUAAGUUGUUGAAGUUUCUGUUUCUCCUUAAGAGAAAUUCAAAAUUCAACAUUGAAGCAUACUUUCUCGUUUUCUGUUGUCAGAUAGUAAUAAUGUGCUGUGAUGUUUAUGCUUAUUCAUAAAGAUGCUUUACUUUUUAGUGUAAUGUUAGUUCUUUUAACAUUAUUUUGCUUAAAUUUGAUAAUGCCCGACAAGAAUAUGUUUUGCUUUGAUUUAUACACUGAUUCUUUGUGACAAAUAUGACCCAUUAAAAAAAUGCCUUUUAAUAGACUAACUUACCUUUUGUAGCUAGGUACUCAUGUUCUUUUUUAAAAGAUGCCCUUUGGAUUGGAUUGGAUUGAUCAUGUUUUUUAACUCAGCGUGUUUUAUGAAUGGAAGCUAAAUACAGAUAUUUGGCAUCUCUAAGGUGGAAUGAGCCCACUCCAUGCACUGAUAAAACUCAUGCAUAGUUUUAAAUGAACAUUAAUAAACUCAUGUUGUCUUAUGUGUUUUCUAGUGCCUUAUUUGUGUGUAGUUUGAAGAAUACUAUUUUUUUUCCCACUACUAAAAAUGGACUCUAGGGCCUUGUGUGUGCCAGGCAAACUCUUUAGCUGCUGAACUCUAGUUCCAGCCUAGAAAAGGUAUUCACAACAAAGACAGAGUAUUACAAACAAAACCUUUAAGUUUCUUACUUUUGGAUUUGUGUGUGUGUGUGUGUGUUUGUUUUUGAGAACAUUUCCUGAAAUUAUAUGCCGUUUUUAACAUCCAAAAAUGGCUUGCUAUAUUCAUGAGAAGUUUACGUUCCGAAAACACAACUGUUUUCGGAACAGUUAAACUGUUAAACUCAGAAGUUUAUAUAAUAGGAAAGACGGGCAGGUCAGUGGACACAGCAAACAGUGUAGGCAUUAUCCGAGUCAUCCUGAGAGGGAGGGAUGCCAAUCUCUGAACAGUACCAAGUAGUGUUUUCUCUUUCCCCACUAUUACAAUUGCUGUACCUGUAUCCUGGUUCUUGAGAGUACCCAACGAAAGCCUUGAAUUCUUGGAAAAUGUACAUGAGUGUAUGCUGUAUGUACAGGAAUGACUAUCCACAUUGCCACCAUCUUCUUGAGUUCAGCUAUGGACAAUUGUGAUAAAAGAUUGUCACAGCUGAGCUAUUGACUAUUAACCUUCCCUCAGAAGGAGGCAGUAGGAAUGUCAGUGGACUCUCACCUGAAUAUCCAACCAUUCCUCCUAAUUAGUUGUAUUUCUGCUCUAAUUUCAGGGUCUUGGGAAGGGGCUAGUCUAUUAGGCUGUGGAAGACUCUGGGGAAGAGGGUCUACCUGUGAGGCAUGGACAAUCCAUACGGGGCAUACAUUUUUUUGGUGUGACUAAUUUGGGUUCAUCAAUGCUCCUGUUGGUAACCCCCCUACUCAGUCUAUAUAAACCUGAUUAAUACACUUGUUGGAUCUCCAGGGGGAACUUAUAUGGUGGUUGUCCCUUCCCAGAGUGAAAGUUUUUAGUCAGCAUAUGUGCAAUGAUGCAUACAGUAUCAGGCUUAGUAGCCCUAGAAGAACAUGGCUCAUAGGCCAAGGCUCUGUUUCACAGUUUUUCUUUUAGAUAAUGUCUUGCGCAUCGAUUGUAAAUGUACCUGCUUGGAUAGCCAUCAGAGUAGGAACAGAACACACUACUGAACAUGCCUACACAGUGGGUUCUCCUUAAUGAACUUAUGAGGGCUCCAUAAUUAGUGUUCUCAGCAAUCCGUUCUUUCACAAUCUAGUUAAAUCUAGUGUUUAACAAAGGGGUGUGUGUGUGUGUGUGUUGCACAUGCAUAGGGGAUAAUAUAAGGCGAAGAUGUAAGAGGUGUGGUAUGCAGCUGGGUGUAAUAGUGCACAUCUUUAAUCUCAGCACCCAGGAAGCAAAGGUAGUUGGGUCUCUAUUUGAGGCCAGCCUGGUCGACCCUAUCUUGAAAAUUCACAACCAACCAAGCAAAAUAGAGGCAUGCCAUGUACUUUAUUGGGUAGACUAGUUGAAGCACCGUUGUGAGAGAUUCUAAAAAGGACUGUACAUCUGGGAGGAUUCAAGGAUAGGGGAUUUGGGCUAGAUAUGGAAGAGUUGAUCCAGAUGCUCAGAAAGGGAGGAGGAA